CAAGUCCGUACAACGUGUAUAAAUACCAUCAUCUCUUCUUCUCUGUGGAGUUUGGAUAUCUAGAAAAACAAAAUCCUCAGAUCCGAUCAAUUUUUCUGCAGAUCUACACUCCAAAUUCAAUCAUCAUGUCUUCAACAUUCGCCGGCGAUGAAACGGCUCCGUUCUUCGGCUUCCUCGGUGCUGCGGCAGCCCUGGUCUUCUCCUGCAUGGGAGCGGCAUACGGGACAGCGAAAAGCGGCGUUGGUGUGGCGUCGAUGGGAGUGAUGAGGCCGGAGUUGGUGAUGAAGUCGAUUGUGCCGGUGGUUAUGGCUGGAGUGUUAGGUAUUUACGGGUUGAUUAUUGCUGUGAUUAUCAGUACCGGGAUUAACCCAAAAGCCAAAUCUUAUUAUCUCUUUGAUGGAUACGCUCAUCUUUCCUCUGGUCUUGCUUGUGGCCUUGCUGGCCUUUCUGCUGGUAUGGCUAUCGGAAUUGUUGGUGAUGCUGGUGUUAGGGCAAAUGCACAACAACCAAAACUCUUUGUUGGGAUGAUUUUGAUUUUGAUUUUCGCUGAAGCUUUGGCUUUGUAUGGUCUUAUUGUUGGCAUCAUCCUUUCUUCUAGAGCUGGCCAAUCAAGAGCAGACUAGAAGGAUAUACUGAGGUGGUGUGUCUGUCUUUCCAUUAUUAUUAAUUAAUUAAUUAAAAGCAUAUGAUUAUCAUCCACUUUGUAAUUGUUGGUUUUGCUACAAACAAAACCAAUUCUUUGGUGCACGUGGUAGGUUUUAGACCAAAUUCUAGCUCUCUUGUUAUAAUAAGAUUCGUCUCUUUUUCGUAUAUUAUUUUUCGAUUUUGGACAUGAAAUAGAUAAUUUUGGAGAUUUAUCCCACAUUUGCAAUUUGUUGGUAA